GGCACGGGAGGAGCGCAGGGGCCUAGAGGGCUCCACGAAAUCUGUGCGAGGCUGGCGGCCGGCAGCGAGGCGGCCGGGGUGGACUGGCCCGAGAGGGAGCCCCAUUCCGGGAGCAGUCCGAGGAGGCCGCCUCGAGGGCAGACAGACGGCAGGGAGGGCCAGCAUGCCCCCACUGCUUCACCCCGCCCUGCCGCUGCUCCUGAGCGCCACGCUGACCUUCCGGGGGCUCCGGAGAGCGCUCUGCUGCCUGCCGCUGCCGGCGCACGUGCGCGCCGACCCCCUGCGCACCUGGCGCUGGCACAACCUGCUCGUCUCCUUCGCCCAUUCCAUCGUGUCUGGAAUCUGGGCGCUGCUGUGUAUAUGGCAGACCCCGGAGUUGCUGGUGGAGAUUGAGACGGCAUGGUCGCUUUCUGGCUACCUGCUAGUUUGCUUCUCUGCAGGGUAUUUCAUCCACGACACGGUGGACAUCGUGAUUAGUCAUCAAGCCCGAGCUUCUUGGGAAUACCUGGUUCACCACGUCAUGGCCAUGGGUGCCUUCUUUUCAGGCAUCUUUUGGAGCAGUUUUGUCGGUGGGGGAGUCCUAACAUUGCUGGUGGAGGUCAGCAACAUAUUCCUCACCUUCCGCAUGAUGAUGAAGAUCAACAAUGCCCAGCACCUUCUCCUCUACCGGGUCAACAAAUAUGUCAAUUUGGUCAUGUACUUUCUCUUCCGCCUGGCCCCUCAGGCCUACCUCACGCACUACUUCUUGCGUUAUUUGGGCCAGAGGACUCUGGGCACUUUUCUGCUGGGUAUCCUGCUCAUGCUGGACAUCAUGAUCCUCAUCUACUUUUCCCGUCUCCUCCGCUCAGACUUCUGCCCUCAGCGUGUCCCCAGCCAGCAACACAAAGACAAGUUUUUGACUGAGUGAGAGGCACAAAGCCUACAACUUGUGGCAAGAGCAAACACAGCCAAGAACAGAGCCUCACACAUAUAUGAAAGAAUUAGCCCCAAGCCUGGGGCAUCCUGGGGAUAACCUCCACCUUUCAAGUCUGCACCUACUAUUGAAAAUGCUAAUGAAAGCACUCCUCCGAA